UGACGAAGUUGGGUUCUAAACUUGGUCCCAGUGCACCGAUCAGCCGUCAGUGAGCUCAGUCGUACGAGGGAACAGGGGUGCAGGAAGAAAUGGAGAAUUUUUGAUAUUCUAACUCAUGGGUAAAUCAACAUGGCAGCAAAGGCAAUUUUGACAUCAAGGGAGCUUAAAAACAAAGUAACUGGGAUUGAUUUGAUGGUACCAGAAUUCACUGAGAAGGUUGGGAGAUUUUCUAAGUCUGCAGUGUUCAAUGUGAUUGUCGUAACAAGGUUGUUUUAUUAUAAGUCUCAAAACCACAAAGAAUCAGACGUUGUGCAGUUUAUGGUACAAAGAACAUAUGAACAGUUCGAGAACUUAUAUGAAAAGUUGUCAAAUAGAUUCCCCAGUGUUCUGUUUCCUACAUUACCAAAAAAGAGCUUAAUUGUGAACUCGGCCGCCUUGCUUGAAAGAAAGAAUGUGCUUGAUGAAUUAAUGCAUUUAGUGGCGCGCACUCAGAAGCUAUGCUGUAGUCCGAUGGUCCUAGAGUUCCUUGGUGUGAGAGGGCCUGAGAAGUCAACGCCAGAAACACUUGUUGUCAGUGAGGAGAUUUUCAAUGAACAAGUCAGUGAAGAGCUUCAAAGCAAGCCUGAAGAAGAACAGGUAGAUGGCGGUGUCUCGAAAGAUGAGAAAAGCAAAGAAGAACAAACUGAUUUGUUUGUACCCGUUGAUCUUGACUCUUCAAACCUAUCUGAUAUCACAAACCACGAUGACUUGUUUGCAGCAUCGAAUUCCAAGAAAUUGGAGCUUCAUGCCUCGCUGUUUGAAGAUGAAAUCGAGACCACUAGAGAUAAAGACGAGGCAGCCCUUUUUAUGCCGGCCGCAAGAGUUAAGGAGAGUGAAACAGAGCAACUUGAUAGCGAUGACACAGAUGGUCUUUUGAAUGUUGACGAAAAUGUGGACGAUCUACUCGCUCUUAGCAAGAAAUCAGAACGCAAAUCUUCCAUUAAAGCCAGCACAUCCACACGGCCGUUGCCGAAAUCAAAACCUCAACAGCGGACUUCAUUUGAGGGGGGCAUUGAAGACGAGGACCUGUCAUUGUUGUCGUCUGCAAGUACGAAGAAAGAGCAACAAAAGGAAGAAGACGAGGAUUUAUUUGUAGAAGCAAGAACAAAAAGCAAGGCGACUAUGAAGGAGAAACGAGAGAAAUUGGUGAAAGAGGAUACCUUGGAUGAUAUAUUUGGUAAAAGUAAUGGCGCCAAAAACCUAUUCGCCAAAUCGCAUAUUGACGAUGACUUGUUUUCAAGCUCCUCCACAUCCACAGCAAAUACCGCCACUACGAUGGAGGAGGAUGAUAUUGCUAAAUACAUAAAUGAUAAUAUGAAUAACGAUUUGGCAGGAUUGGAUUUGUAAGGUAAUUUUUUGUAAUAUUUUUUGUACUAUUCCAACGAUUUUUUUUGUAUGUUGAAUAUUCUGAAAAAAAAGUUAAAUGGCGGAAAAAGUACUGUGUAUUACGGAAAAUUGCGGUAAAUUAUUAUGAUUUGAAUUGGCUUUGUUGUACGAAAGUUUAUUAUAGAGAAAUUGAGUAUAAUGAAGAUGAAAAUACCAAGAA